GCGCUCCGCGGGCUGGCAUCCGGCCCGGGGGAAAGCGGAGCAGCCCGUCUGCAGGUCUGCGGGGCCAAGUGUCCCGGCGGCGCGCCUCGAGGCGAGAAUCGGGAGAAGGAGGAGACUGCAAGGAUAGGCCCAGGAGUAAUGGAGUCCAAAGAGAAACGAGCAGUAAACAGCCUCAGCAUGGAAAAUGCCAACCAAGAAAAUGAAGAAAAGGAGCAAGUUGCUAAUAAAGGGGAGCCCUUGGCCCUCCCUUUGGAUGCUGGUGAAUACUGUGUGCCUAGAGGAAAUCGUAGGCGGUUCCGCGUUAGGCAGCCCGUCCUGCAGUAUAGAUGGGAUAUGAUGCAUAGGCUUGGAGAACCACAGGCAAGGAUGAGGGAAGAGAAUAUGGAAAGGAUUGGGGAGGAGGUGAGACAGCUGAUGGAAAAGCUGAGGGAAAAGCAGUUGAGUCAUAGUCUGCGGGCAGUCAGCACUGACCCCCCUCACCAUGACCAUCACGAUGAGUUUUGCCUUAUGCCCUGAAUUCUGAUGGUUUCCCUAAAGUUAUUAGGGAGACAAACCCCUGCUUUCGAAUUUACAUGUUCAUGAUGUGCCCUUGUUGUAAACCUUUACCUGUCACUUGUUUACGUGGGUCUCCUAUUACCAGCUUCUAAUUGAAUAUUGUGUUUUUGAACCAGUCUGUAAGAUUUUUGUUAGCAGAAGAAUUUUACCUAUUGCAUGGAAAGAUGCUCAUUAUAUAUUGUGAAGUUAAUAAAGCACCUUUAAAAAGCAA